AUGUCCCAGCCAGACACGCACCACACCAUCGUGGCACUAGAGACAUUCUUCUGUCCGCUGCCGGACCUGCAGCUGCCGGCGCCGCACACAUGCGAAGUGCGAGAAUACACGCGAACCAAGCCGGAUAUCAAUGAAAUCGCCGAGCGAAUCCGCGAUGCCAACAUCGUCAUCAUGACGACCCUCCCACUCGGCGCCAAAGUCCUGAGCGCAGACGUGAGCCCACACCUAAAAGUGAUCGCCGUAGUCGCAUCCGGCACCGACUCAGUCGACCUAGCCGCCUGCCGUGCCCGCGGGAUCGUGGUAGCCAACACCCCCCACUGCAACGCCACCGCCGUCGCCGAGCACGCCAUCGCGUCGUACUUCGCCGCGCGCCGCUCCAUCGCGCUCACGCACACGCUCACGCGGUCCGGGGAGUGGCCCAGGCGGGGCACCCUCCUGAGGACUCUCAAUGGACCCGAUGGCAACCCGCCGCGGACGUGUCGCGAUGAGGUGCUUGGCAUCGUUGGCUACGGCGCCGUAGGGAGGAAGAUCGAGUCGACGGCCCAGGCGCUGGGCAUGAAGACGCUCAUAGCGGCGCGGAAGGGGGUCGCCCCAUCAUACUCAGAAGGCGGCGGCGGCGGCGGUCGCACGCCGUUCGAGACCAUCCUCGCCGAGGCCUCCGUCAUAGUACUCUGCCUCCCACGGUCCCCGGAGACACUCAACCUGAUUUCCGAUGCCGAACUCGCGGGCAUGAGGUCGUGCGCGGUGCUGGUCAACGUGUCGCGGGGCGGCAUCGUGGACGAGGCGGCGCUGGUGAAGGCGCUGAGGAGGGGGACGAUUGCGGGCGCGGCUGCGGAUGUGUAUUUGGAGGAGCCGGCGGGUCCGGAGAGCAGCCCGUUGCUGGUGCCCGAUACGGCGGACCUCAAUCUGGUCACGACGCCGCAUGUGGCCUGGUGCGCGGCGGAUACUAAUGAUAAUUAUAACCGGGCGUUGAUGGAGAACCUGGCGGGCUGGUUGACUACUGGACGGCCGAAGUACCCUGUGGUCUGA